AUGGCGCUGUUCAACCACGUUGCUAACAAAAACCCCUCCAGCACGACGCAGAGCGUAUUGAACGGCAUUCGGUCAGAGAUCACAACGUGCUCUGCAAAGGCCACGUUUUGGGGAUCGGCAGUUUGCAAUCAGACCCGCACUGUUGAUAAGACUCAUGCUGGUGCUGGUGCUACUGGUGCUAGCACCUGUCUGCGACUUUGCAGCUUGCUCCCAAGGUGGUCACCGUUGAUGGAACAAGUGCCCACGAACAACAUUGAAGAUGUUAUGAGCAGCCGUGAUAUCGCGGUGCAUGUUCUGGGUCCCGAUCUCGGCCAAGCCUGUGUAGUCGAGACCAGCGCAUUGCUACCAAAGAACGAUGAUUCCGGGAGUACGACAACGGCGCCUGGAAGCGAGGAUGCUGAUACCGAAAUGAGUAGCUCUUUCGAGGAUACAACCCCUACUCCCGUUCCUUCCGCCUAUUAA